GUUGCGAAGAUCUACGCUGCCAAGUUGGUCGCUGAGGGCGUUCUCAGCGAGUCCGAGGUGGCCGAGAUGCGCACAGCGAUCUGGAACGAACUGGAUGCUGAGUUCUUGGAGAAAGAUCGGCACAAGAAAGACGGAAUGGACUGGGUGCUCCGGAAGUACCGCGGCCGCAUCGACGAGGGCCGGCGGCCGAAGCAGGUGAAGGGCGUGACAGGCGUGCCUUUGGAGACGCUGCACAGAAUUGGCCAUGCCAUGACCGGCAUCCCGGAGACCGUGACGUCGCACUCCGAGGUCGAGAAGCUCCUCUCGAAGCGCCGCGCGAUGUUCGCUCCGGGGGGGCGCGUCGACUUCGCGACUGCGGAGCAGCUGGCCUUCUGCUCGAUUCUGCUGCACCGCGACAUCUGGGCUGGCGACGCCGGGGGCACCGGGAGCUGGGCCGUGGCCCACCACGAGAGGCUGCCGAACCGCAACGUCCGCCUGGCGGGCCAGGACUGCGUGCGCGGCACCUUCAACCAGCGCCACCUCAUCGUCCAGGACUCUGUGAGGGGCGCUGGCGUCUCGCUGCUGCCCCAGGCCCUGGCACCAGGAAAUCAGGCGAACUUCUAUGCCUACAACAGCCCCUUGUCCGAAGCUGCGGCCCUGGCAUUCGAGUACGGCUAUUCUCUGGGUGACGAGGAUGCCUUGGUUUGCUGGGAG